UUUAUUUGCUUUUAACCAAAGAGCUGCUUCAGCACGUGAAGAGGCGAUUAACGCCUUUGUGGCUGCGAGUCACUCUCUUUAUAUGCGUUCCUGUCGAGAAAAACAGCUGAAAUGACAUACGAAAUUUUUCAAGAAGUAUAACUUGGCGCUGUAAGAACAACAGUGUGGUGGCCAUUUGCAGAACCUGGUCACACGAAAGCAGAAGACCAGGAAUUCAGUUUGUAGAGAAUUACGCCCGCAUUUCAUCGGCAAGUGCAAGUCAGAUGAAGUGGAUAGCUUUUCCUCUAUUCCUGCUUUCCGUGACGGUGGGAGCAGAGAGGCCAUGUGACCAAUACACCACGACAAUUAGGGCACUGGAACGGAGCACAUGCAUUCUCCGGAACACAACUGAAUACGAAGAUGCCUUUCACGGAUUUAACGGAACGCGGUGCAGGUCGGCAUUGAAAGUCACGAGCAACUGCUCGUGCACCGACGGAAGGAAUGCAGGGAGCAAGCGAUAUUGUGCGCACAUCAUCACUUACACGAAAGACGAAAACGCAGUGAACGUUACUCUAGGAUACUGCAAUGAUAAAGGACACUGCAGCAUCAAGGACAUAGAAGCGUAUUGGGAAGUGGACGUAAGAUUACCAGAGGUAGCAGAGACACUUAAAGCCUACCCCCGACCAACGUGUAUUGCCCCAAGCAUUAACGUGUCGCCUGAGCUUACCGCAGCGGCUGGUUGCGAGUAUUACUGUUAUAAAGGGCAUAACAAGGACAUCGAUGACGGACGACCAUGCGUGAUGGAGUGGUACUCGGCAAGCGUAACUGGGGAGCCAGUAGUGACCCUUACUGGGACUUGCAUCCAAGGAAUAUGCCACCAUUCUGCAUCGACCUGGCAUACCAUCGACGGCUUGUGUCAUGACAGCGAGCGCUUCAGCAAGUACGGCCAUAUCGUGGAAAGCUGCAAGUAUAAGUGCCCGGACCUCACUAAACGAGAUCGCCCGUACGGACUUACGUGCUUGAUACGCAAGACACCAAUCACGAAAAGAAACGAAGUUGGUAUUUGUAAGAAAGGCACCUGUACACGGAUUCGUGAGGAUGAUCCGUGUGCAAUGAAGAUCUAUAAUGAGAAAACAGUGCCGCCCCGAGUAUCCAAAAGUUGCCUCUGUCGUGGUGAGCCAGUGGCCAAUGGAACUCUGUGUGCGUUGGCAUACUCGUUUGGUUUUGAAGGUUACAUGUUGCAAAGGGUAGGGGCCUGCUUUGGAGGCACAUGUCAAGAACGACCUCCUGAGAGGCCUCCUAAACAAAUUUUCAAGAAACGAGAAUGCAAAGUAGAGGACGUGCAGGUGACUCCUGAGCUCAUUGUGGCUGGUGGCUGCAGGGCAACGUGCAGACGCUAUGAGACACAAGACCGUCUCAAUGGGACGUUAUGUUUCCGUCAUUACACUCGGGACACCUUCGGCUGGUUUAAAAAAAGAAGAACCUACCAUAUUGGUGAAUGCGAAUCGGGAAAAUGCCGGUACUCCACAAACAGCUUCCUCAUUAAGCUCUGAAUCUUAAUACCUAUGUCGCAUGAGAGCGUAAGCAUGUCGAAAUAAACAUCAAUGACAAAUCAAA